GUGCAGUUAAUUUUCUUUUUUGCUUGUUUUGUCAUUAUUGUUUGUUGCGUUUCCCUCCAGCGCAUAGAGUGUUACUGUUGCCAUUGCUAUUGCUCUAGCUGCUCCCCGUGUCUCUCUGUGUGCGAUCCACGACGACACAACAAUGAAAGCUACUCCGGCGGCGGUGCGUCCGCGUCCAGGAGACGCCUUCAAGGCGCACGAGUACCUCCGAGCUAUCUUUUCUCCCCGUGCGACAGUAGGUAGACCGAGGACGAUAUGCACGGAUUGUCUGAGGACGUUGAGGCACCGUCGCAGCAACAACAGCAGCAGCAGCAGCAGCCGGAGACGUGUUGCCAACUUUGACAAAUCCAACAACCUCAAAUUCGAGCGCCGAGGUGUGUGUACUUUUGGACAGCCGACGAGACCACAAACAAUAUCGUCGGGUCGAGCGAUUCGGCCUCAUCGGCCAAACAUAACCUCCUCAAACCAGUUCCCGAGACGGCACGACCUUGCGACAGUCGCCGGGGCAAGCCCGCGAGGCCCUCUGGAGGAAUAUGACGAGCGAGUACAGACGAAAAGGCUGCGCGAUGAUGAACAUCAGAGAUCGUUGAUCGAGCAUCUACAAGAUUUGCACGACACUCUACGAGACUACACCCCUCCGCAAGUGGUACACCCCGAGAUCGACGAUCUACAACCCCAGAAAAAGAGCCUGUUCGGGUCCUUGUUCGGAGGUGCGAAGAAGAAGAAGGCGAUCGGCGAGAUUCCAGAAGACCUCCCCAAGGGCCUGUACAUGUACGGCGACGUCGGGUCGGGGAAGACCAUGUUGAUGGACCUGUUCUACGAAACGCUCCCGCCCAACAUGACGUCGAAACUGCGCAUCCAUUUCCACAACUUCAUGCAGGACGUGCACAAGAGGCUGCACAAGGUCCGCAUGCAGUACGGCAACGACUUUGACGCGGUGCCGUUCGUGGCCGCCGACCUGGCCGAGACCGCCCAGGUGUUGUGCUUCGACGAGUUCCAGUGCACCGACGUCGCGGACGCCAUGAUCCUGCGGAGGCUGCUGGAGUCGCUCAUGUCCCACGGCGUCGUCUUGGUGACGACGUCGAACCGACACCCGGACGACCUGUACAAGAACGGCAUCCAGCGGCAGUCGUUCAUCCCGUGCAUCAAUCUACUGAAGAACAAACUCAAGGUCAUCAACUUGGACUCCCAGACGGACUAUCGCAAACUCCCGCGGCCGCCGUCCGGUGUGUACCAUCACCCGCUCGACCGUGCGGCCGUUUCGCACGCCAAGAAGUGGUUCAAUUUCCUGGGUGACCCGGAAAACGACCCUCCGCACCCGACCACCAUCACGGUCUGGGGCCGCGAGGUCGAAAUCCCGGAGGCGUCGGGACGUGCCGCCAAGUUCACCUUCCACGACCUCAUCGGACGAGCCACGGGCGCGGCGGAUUACAUCGAGAUGAUGCGCAGUUUCGACGCCUUCAUCGUGACCGACGUCCCGGGCAUGACGCACCGUGAGCGAGACUGGGCUAGACGGUUCAUCACCUUUAUCGACGCCGUUUACGAGUCGCACGCCAAGCUCGUCUUGACCACGGCCGUACCCCUGUCGCAGCUGUUCUUGAGCAAGACGGAACUCGACGAGAGUCUGGAGAGCGUGACGAAGAAAGUGGACAAGGACGACAAGUCUGUGGACAAGCAUGACAAGAAGGUGGCGGAGCAUACAAAGGCCUCGGACACGGAAGGUGAAGGGGCCGACGUUGACGACGUGAUGAGGAACCUGAUGGACGAUCUGGGAAUGAGCAUGAGUAUGCUCAAGCAGAGUAGUUUGUUCAGUGGCGACGAGGAGAGGUUCGCUUUCGCCAGGGCUCUAAGUCGGUUGAGUGAGAUGGGUAGUCAGGAGUGGGUGGAGCGUGGGAUGGGACUGGAGAAGCGUGGUGGGUUGAAUGAGAAGGAGGGUUGGCAGAGGGUGAGAUCCAGAUGGAGGGAAGAUAGUUUGUGAGGGUUUGAAGACUGGAGGUUAUCUAGACCUGACUAUCUUGACUUCAUGCCGAGAGCCACACAUGUUUUGAAUGCAUUUAGCCAUGAUGAUGGUGGUGGUGGUGCAUUUGAUAGGGGUACCCACCUUUGCAUACUCUAUCUGGAGCACUGAGUGACCUCUUUUUCUUUUUGUCGUGUGGUGAGUGAGAAUAUUCAUGCCAGUACCGAGGGAAAGGGGCUAGGACUAGCAAAUGAAGAAGUUCCAAACCCGAUCAGGAUAUUAUUUGACUUGA